AACUACCAGUCGCUCACCAACUACGUCUCAAACUGUGGUUCUCGUUACUACUACUCCAAGCGCAACCGCUACAACUAUUAACAAUGUCAGUAGCGCGUCGAGCCAGACUCUCUCUGGCGGCGCACUUGGUGGUAUUAUCGCGGCCUCCGUAGUUGUCGCCCUGGCUCUGGUCAUAUUCAUCGUUCGGAAGACGUAUCUCCGCCGCAGGCAAAACCGUCGUCUCUCUUGGCCUGUUGACAACAUCUUCAACGAGACCAAACCGCUUCCUGCAGCUCCCAUUGAUGAUUUCUCUGAAAAGCCUGCUUCCCUGAGGAAUUCACCAAUGUCGCCUUUUGAGGGGCAUGGACAAUCACUAUAUCCGAGCCCCCCGCAGCCUCCAAUCCAGAGGAUUCAGAGUCCAUUCACGGGGUAUGCGGGCCCAGCCCCGCCUCCCGCUUCGUAUAAUAACCCCAUGCCCAUGUAUUCCCAACCACCACCCUCUCUAAGUCCUGGAAAUUCUGCCGUUCCCAUGGCACGUGCAGCAGCAGGCGCCAACCCGUACUCUCCACCUGCCCCUGCUACAACGUCUGGACCCAUGUUUCCAACUGCCUCCGAGGCAGUUGUCAACCGCGUGUUUAUCCCCACGCUUCCUGACGAGCUCUCGGUCACAGCGGGCGAGCGUAUUCAUGUGCUUGCUCAGUAUGAUGAUGCAUGGGCUCUCUGCGUGAACGGGCACGGUGAACAAGGCAUGGUUCCCCAGGAAUGCCUAGACCGACCCGUCGCAUCUAAUCAGGCAGACUGGCGGAACGCUAGGCGUACCAGCAGUUUAGUUUCUGAUGGCAGACACUAUUGACUUUGAUAUUGUUUAUGAGGUGGACCGCGGGCACGGGCCAGUGUAUGUCUUUUAUCAAUUAUCGUGAUAUCGUCCUGAAUGAUUUGACGCAGGUAUCACCACAUGUUUGACUUCUGUUUGUUUAUUUAUUUAUCUAGACACCUCGCAUCUCCUAGCGACAGCAACCACACUUUCCCACUACGUUUUGUCUCGUUCUUAUGACUUGCACACAUCUCGAAUUAUUCGGUACGGUGUUGGGGUGUGGAGGAUUUGUCGUUGAGUUGGGCGGGAGGACUUGCUCAUUGUAUGAAUUUGAAUGAAUGAUUUGCAAGUUGAUCACAAUACCAG